AAUUUUAUCCUAAACAUGGAAUUGCACCUUUACAGGCGUCCAAAUGACCCCCAUGUUCACCACUGUUUAAAACAAAAAAAUGGUAAACUCACAACCAAAUCUCAUCAUAAACCCAAAACCCUACCAAGCAAACAAACGACGCUCUCUCUCAAUUUUCUCUUGUUAGAACACCUGCUCUCCCUCCCUCUCUCUCUCUAUAGCCUUUUGCUAGGGUUUCAGUUCGAGCUCGAAGAAAGAAGUUUCAUAUUCGUCUGCAUUCGACGCAGUUUCUCUGUUUCCGAACAUGAGGUUACCAAGAAUGAAGAAGAAGAAUUCAACACAGGCCCACUCUCUGUCUUAAUGAUGAGUGUUAAAAAUAAUACCCAGGUGCUCAUCAAUUGCCGGAACAACAAGAAGCUUCUUGGUCGUGUGAGAGCCUUUGAUCGUCACUGCAAUAUGGUUCUUGAAAAUGUUAGGGAGAUGUGGACUGAGAUACCCAAGACGGGGAAAGGCAAGAAGAAAGCUCUCCCAGUAAACAAGGAUCGGUUCAUCAGCAAGAUGUUCCUUCGUGGAGACUCCGUUAUCAUCGUUCUCAGGAAUCCCAAGUGAUGUAAUCACAUCUGAUACAAUUCCCAGUUUCGACAAUUUGCUGUUUGGACGGCCAGUAGAUUGCAAUCCAGAUUCUCUAUACCACUAAGGACCGAGUGAUGGGCAGUUAUGCAUUUCAUGCAUCUCAGGUAACCAUGCUAAUGGGUAACCAGGUUGGGGAAUGUGGUUUUAGAUAAACACUAUGCUUACCAUUUCUAAUGUUUGCUAUUUCUGACUUUGUGUAUGAAAUACAUUCCAGAAGUAGUACUCAACAAGGAUUUAAUGUGCCAGUAGGUAGAAUGUCUGCUCUUCCUUUUCAGUGGUCCAGACCAUUGAUCACAGGCCUCACCUUGGGUGGACCAUGCUAAAAAAUUUCAGAUUAGAAGAUUCCACCCCAUCUGAAUCUUUCCCUUUUCCCAUCAAAAUUUGUAUCUUGCUACAUUCUUAAGCUAUUUAGGAUACAGAUUGAAGGGUUAUCCUUUUCCUGCCAAGGAGAUUUCUUCGCCAUGUUCCAUCAGCAGUCUGGAUCUCUCUGAAAGACGGACAUCCCAGUGUACAAAUAUUGGGCCACAGAUGCUAUACGUCCGUAUAGUUCAUGUAAUCUCCAUUUUUCGUAGUAAUGAAAAGCUGCAUUUAGCUCA